GCCCUCUUUACAAACCCAAGGUUGCGCUGCGGCUGUAGGCUUUUGCUCGUGUGUCUGUUGUGUAUGUAGCCUAUUUUCUCUAGACUUGUCUGAAUAAGGAAAUGUAAUAGGAAUCCAGCACCACUGAGUGUGAGUAGUGACUCGCCCUACAACUUAGGCUACUGUACUUUACUCCGUAAAUAAAAACCGUAAAUAAAAACUAGCUAUAAACGCACGUAUGAAUGCGUUGAUAUACCUGGACUAUUGCGGAAGAACCACGGAAGGUGAUAGCCUACAUUUACGCACGGAUUGGGAAUUCUGAUUUUUAACCAUGGGGAAAAGAGCCGCGCUGGCGACUUACGAUAAAGAGUUCAGCUUUGUCAGCCCAGUUGUCAAAUAUCUACUUUCCCUUUUUAACUUAAUAUUUUGGAUGAUCUCAUUGGUGUUGAUGUCUAUUGGCAUUUACGCGAGGAUGAUGAAACAUGCCGAGGCAGCCAUGGCCUGUCUAGCAGUGGACCCUGCCAUCCUACUGUUGAUCGUGGGGGUGCUCAUGUUCUUCAUCACCUUCUGUGGCUGUGUGGGCUCCCUCAGAGAGAACAUCUGCCUCCUACAGACAUUCUGCAUCUUCCUGACUAUCAUCUUUCUGCUGCAGCUAGCUGCAGGUGUCCUGGGCUUCGUCUUCUCAGAUAAGGCACGGAAUAAAGUGAGUGAGAUUAUCAACAAUGGCAUCGUUCAUUAUAGGGAUGACAUUGACCUACAGAACCUCAUCGAUUUUGGUCAGAAAGAGUUCAGCUGUUGUGGAGGUGUCACCUACACCGACUGGUCUCAGAACAUGUACUUCAACUGCACCACAGACAACCGCAGCCGAGAGCGCUGCUCUGUUCCCUUCUCCUGCUGCCUGCUGUCUAAAGAUGAGGCGGUCAUUAACACAAUGUGUGGUCAGGGGAUGCAGGGGCUGCCAUUCCUGCAGGCUGGUGCCUUCAUCCACACCAAUGGCUGCAUCGACAAGCUGGUCAACUGGAUCCACAGCAACUUGUUCAUGCUAGGGGGCAUCGCCCUGGGUCUGGCCAUCCCACAGCUGGUGGGGAUCCUCUUGUCCCAGAUUCUGAUCAACCAGAUAAAGGACCAGAUUGAGCUUCAGAACUACAACCUGCAGCACCGUACGGACCCUUGGUAGUAACCUAUUCAUGACCAGGACUAAGUCAUCAACCCUGGGGUCACCCAUGGGGUGUGGGAGUCUGGAAUUCUACCCCCUUCUGCUGGAUGGGGCUCAAGCUUUCAUGUAGAUGGUGUUCAUUUUCAAGGCUGCUUGAUCAUUUCAAUGGUGCAAGGACUGGCUUUGAGGCCAAAGAUUCUGGUUGGAUGAUCCACCAUUUGACAAGAGUCGAGACGUCGAAGUGGUCUGCUUUCUUUCUGCGUUCUUGAUUCUCUUGCGUGUCUAUUUUUGUUCAAUAUAUAUUCUAACCAACUGAGCUACCAGAACCAAUGGUUUAUUUCCUGAAUGGGUUGAUGUAGCUGAGGGACCAGACCCAUGUGAAAUGACUGAGAAACCAAGUUUCCGAAAAGGUCCAGAUGCCUGGACAGUGUGUCAAUGUGUGCUUGUUUCGUUUUAGCUCACCCAGUACCCUGGAUGGGUAGAGUUUUCACUUUAUGACCAAUGGAAUGGUCAAUGUUGAAACUCUGCCCACCCUGUGCCCCAGGGGAGCUAAAAGGAACUCAUCUAAUCAGGAAGUACUCCAGCCAGACUGCCAAUGGAGAACUCCUCCAUUCACACCUAUUCGUCAUUUGACUGAUCUCAAAUAUGGCACGAUCUGUAAUUUAUUGAAAAUAGAGAAAACCCAGCAAACGGAGUCCAAACCCUGCAAAAAUAAUGUAGACUCUGUCCAGUUACUUUUUUGUCAAUGCGGUUUACGACAUUGAUCUGUUAUCCAGUUAUCCCCUAAUACUCUCAUAGGGUUGAGAACAAGACAAUUCUCUCGACCCUUCUCAAAUAUGGAAGAGCAAACCCAAGUAAUGUAAUAAAGCUCAUUAGCUAAUGGUGUGUAUGUUAAAGCUCCCAACUGUAGUUUGCCAUGCAUGCUAUAACAAGUUUUAUAAACUGGGUCGUUUGAUCCCUGAAUGCUGAUUGGCUGAGAGCUGUGGUAUAUCAGACCGUAUGACAAAACCUUUCUUUUUACUGCGCCAAGUAUGUUGGUAACCAGUUUGUAAUAGCAAUAAGGCACCUCGGGGGUUUGUGGUAUGUGGCCAAUAUACCACGGCUAAGGGCUGUAUCCAGGCACUCCGCGUUGCGUCUUGCGUAAAAAAAGCCCUUAGCUGUGGUAUAUUGGCCAUAUACCACACCCCCUCGAGCCUUAUUGCUUAAAUAAAUCAUUGUACCUACAGCCUUUACAGUAAAGUGUUACCCAAUUGAUUUCUACACAUUUUAAGGGAUAUUCCAAUUUAGUUUUACAUCAAAUCCAUUCACAUAGUGUAAAUUGUUGUCCCCCUUUGCCUCCAGAACAGCCUGAAUUCUUCAGGGCAUGGAUUCUACAAGGUGUGGCGCUCAAACGUUUCUCAAUUGAUAUCAAGGGACUUAACAUGUGCCAGGAAAACAUAACCCACACCACCGCCACCAGCAUGUAUCGUUGACACUAGGCAAGGUGGGACCAUGGACUCAUGCUGCUUACGCCAAAUCCUGACUCGUUGGCCCAGAACAAUGUUUUGCCACUCCUCAGUCCAGUGUUGGUGAUGGCGUGCCCACUGGAGACAUUUCUUCUUGUUUUUAGCUGAUAUGAGUGGAACCUGGUGUGGUCGUCUGCUGCAACAGCCCAUCCGUGACAAGGACCGGCGAGUUGUACGUUUCCAGAGCGUGCCUGUUAGCUUGCACGAUUUUUGUUAUUCGCACCAUUCUCCGUAAACCCUAGACAAGCCCAGGAGACCGUCCGUUUCUGAGAUACUGGAACAGGCGUACCUGGCAUCGACGACCAUACCACGCUCAAAGUCACUCAGGUGACUCGUUUUGCCCAUUCUAACUUUCAAUCGACAAUAACUGAAUGCCCGAUGCCUAUCUGCAUGCUUUAUAUAGCAAGCCAUUGACAAGUAACUCACUGUCUGUAGGAGCGACCCAUUUCCGUGAACGGAGUGGUUUACCUAAUAAUCUGGCCACUAAGUGUAUAUUUCAAGCUAAAUGGACUGUAAAUACAUUCCUUUCAAUAAAGCAUAUCUUUUUGAUAUGAAGCAUUGUGGGUAUCCAUACAGACCAAUAAUGUAAUUGCAGUUUAUUACUCACUGAGCUACUAGGGGAUUUCCCCAUUUGAAAGCACAACAGAAAGGCCUGAUUUUAUAAUAAAGUCUUAUUUUCCGUAACGCCUUUUACACAAGCACUGGUGUUUAGAUUGGCAAGCGCUGCAACACUGGAGUUUACACUAAUGCUGUUACUCUCCAUAACAUAACCUUGUUAUGCCGUCGGCUAGCCCUGUUGGCAUUUCCCCUCACCGGGGUUGUGUUCAUUAGAGCACGCAACGGAAAAUGAAAUUGAGCGCUUCUUAUGGGACAAGUCCUGUUUUAGUCCGUUUUGUUCCUAAUGAACACGACCCAGCUAGGUCCACUGGGAAUACCAGUUUUUUUUUUUCUGAAAAUGUGGGUCAACAUACUGUUACUGGUCAAGACUACUGGUUAGCACUUUAUUUUACGGUACAGACGGGUGUGGAAUUCAUUCUAGAAACUGACCAGUGGCAGUUCUAGACCAUUUCAACUGGGGGGCCAAGCUGGGGCCAGUUGUACUGUUAGUGGGGCCAGUUACAUUAGACGUUAUUGUUGUCAUAUUGUUUUCUUCACUGCAUUGCAGGAAUUAGCAGGCAAAAGACCAUGUUCAUAAUCAUCAUCGUUGCCACUGCCUAAUAACGGAUGUAAAAAAAGAAUGAUAGCAAAAAUUUGUUAUGUAAAAAUGUUUUCAUACUCUACAUUUAGGGGGGCGACAAGGGGUUCCAAAAUUGUUGUCACAGAGGCAAUGCCCCCCCCAGAACCGCUAGUGGAACUGACCCAUAAUAAUCCUAAAAAUUAACAUUAAAAAACACAUUUUUACAUGUCAAAAUAAUUUUCCCAAUUCCCCUUAGGUACAGAGAGUAUUUACUUUGAAUGUACGUGGUAAAAUGGAUGUACGUGGUAAAAUGGUAAUUACUCUCUUAUGUAAAGACAAUAGCUUAUGAAUUCUAUAUUUGUUUCUUUGGGAAUCAUCACAACAAGCACUCCAAUCCAUGUAUCAGCUAGUUGGUUACCAAUUGUGUUGAAUUCAUGUAAUUAAGUGCCAGAAACUAGCCAAUGACACCAUUUCUAAUUGUCCUAAUAAACACCAGGUAAAUACCAGUGGAAACGGUGGUCUAAAA